AUCAUAGGUUUCAAAGAUUUAGCAAUAAAGUAGCAGAAUUUGUAAUGUAAGUAAAAUGUAGUCUAAAAAAAGGAUGUUUAAAGUUAAAAACAAAAAUGGAAUGGUUUGGGUAGGUGGGUGAGUGAGUGAGUUGAAUGACAGUGACAACACUAAACUAUUUAUCUCUUUUCAAUGUAUCCGCUGCUUUGUGAUUUUAAGUAUUUAGAAGCUUAUGUUUCUGCUUCUGCAUGAUGAUGAUGAUGAUGAUCUACGCACUAGUACUAGUUUCUGUGUUUCCAAUUAUUCUAGUAGUUAAUGUUAAUGCUUCAAUUCAUCACUACAACGACCCUUUCACUCACCGCUCCAACGCUUUCUUCUUCCACGCCGGCACCGAAGCCCUCUUCUCCUCUUCUUCUUCUUCUUCUUCUUCUUCUUCACACAAUUCCUUCAUCAGAUUUGAAACCGUCACCUUCACGAGACCCAAAGAAUCCGCCAUCGCCCACGGCAAAAUGCAGCAGAACACCGGCCUCGUCGAAGCCAUCAUUCUUGAAGUCAAAGACAGAAACAGAAUCGGUGGAUUCCAUUUCAAUCCCAAAUCCGAUUUAAUCUGCUGUGACCCUACCCUCGCUAAAGACCAAAACUGCAACCUCGGUGAAGUCAUCAUCCAUACAAACCCUAACAACCCCGAUUUCCCCAAACGGAUCAAAACCUUCUUCCAAGGAACCUACGAACUUGUCCACAUGGAUCCUCAAACCGUUCAAAUCAACGUCACUGGCAUGUACUAUCUCUACUUCAUGUUCUGUGACCCUAACCUUAAAGGCACAACCGUCACUGGAAGAACCGUUUGGAGAAACCCCAACGGUUAUCUUCCUGGCAAAAUGUCCCCUCUCAUGACCCUCUACGGUUUCAUGUCUUUGGCUUAUCUAUUCCUUGGUCUUCUCUGGUUUUUGAGGUUUCUUCAGUUUUGGAAAGACAAGGAUAACGUUCAUGUCCACCUUCAUUACCACAUCACUGCCGUUAUUGCCCUUGGAAUGUGUGAGAUGGCUCUAUGGUAUUUUGAGUAUGCCAAUUUCAAUGCCACUGGAAGCAGGCCUAUGGGAAUUACCAUAUGGGCUGUUACUUUCACCUCUGUCAAGAAGACCCUUUCAAGGCUGCUUCUGCUCGUUGUAUCUAUGGGAUAUGGUGUUUUUCGCCCCACCCUUGCGCAGGGAGUUGCCUAUAGAAUUAUGCUUCUUGGGGGGUUCUACUUUCUUGCCUGUGAAGCGUUUGAGCUUGCUGAGCAUUUGGGGAACAUCAAUGACUUCUCUGGAAAAUCUAAGUUGCUGUUGGUUCUCCCUGUUGUUUGCCUUGACUCAUGCUUCAUUCUGUGGAUCUUCUCUUCAUUAUCUAAAACCUUGGAGAAAUUGCAGACAAGGAGAAACUUGGCUAAACUGGAGCUCUACCGAAAAUUUACAAAUACCCUUGCAUUGUCUGUGCUACUGUCCAUUGCGUGGAUUGGCUUUGAGCUGUACUUCAAUGCAACCGAUCCCUUAAGCGAACUGUGGCAAAUUGCUUGGAUUAUCCCGGCUUUCUGGUCCCUGCUUUCAUAUGCUCUCUUGGUGGUGAUAUGUGUCCUUUGGGCUCCUUCUCGUAACCCCACUAGAUAUGCAUACUUAGAGGGAACAGAUGACUUUGAUGAGGAGGGUAUCUCUCUGACAAGCAGCGUAGCAAAGUUGAGUGGGGAUGUUGCAGCCAAGCUGGAACGGAAGGAAAGGAAAGGUUCUAGUGCCACAGAUCUUGCAUUUGGAGAAGAUAUUGAGGAAGAUAAACGAGAAUAAUGUCAGUCAGAUUGUAUAGUAGUGUUUCAUAUGACAUAAUCUCUUACAAGAGGCCUGUAAAUAUUCAUAUAUACAAAUAGUUAUGUAUGCGGAAUGUGUCAGUUAGUAAUAGGGAAACAGAGAGGCAGUGUUAUUAAGAUCAAAAUCGUAAUUGCAGAUGACACGUUCUAUUUUGGAACGUUCUCCAUAACUAACAUAUGUUGUGAUAAAAUCAUACCCAAGCUUAGUUUUAGAUGACUAUCAUCCUUA